AUGCCUCCUGCGGCGAUGAGUUCGGCCCCACAGAUUGAGCUCGAUGUUGAGACGGUCACACGAGCGCUUGCGCAGAGGACACAAGGGAAUGCCAUUCAAGCCGUACCCUGGGACGCCAUAUCCCGCAUCCUGGCCGGGUUCGUGCGCGGUCCAUGUGACACGACCAAGCAGCUCGAGGAAGAGCUCCAGAAGCGACAAAGUAUGAACGAAGCGUUCCAACAAGCCCUGCAAGAAAUUGGAAAGAUUAUCACGCAGGUUGCCAAUGGGGAUUUGUCAAUGAAGGUGCAUAUCCGCUCGGCAGAAAUGGACCCGGAUAUCAAAACGUUCAAAGUCACCAUCAACAACAUGAUCAACCAGCUGCGUGUGUUUGCAAGUGAGGUUUCGAGGGUGGCGCGUGAAGUUGGGACAGAGGGAAUACUUGGGGGGCAGGCACAGAUCGCAGGCGUGCACGGUGUAUGGGAAGAACUCACCGACAAUGUAAAUAUUAUGGCCUCGAACAUUACAGACCAGGUCCGGGAAAUUGCAGCGGUGAUGACGUCGGUUGCACAUGGGGAGCUAAGCCAGAAGAUCGAACGACCAGCAAAAGGCGAGGUGCUUCAGCUGCAGCAGACCAUCAAUACAAUGGUCGACCAGCUCCGAAUGUUCGCAACUGAAGUGACCCGUGUUGCGCGGGACGUGGGCAUUGAAGGGGUACUUGGCGGCCAAGCACAGAUAUAUGGGAUCCAGGGGAUGUGGAAUGAGCUAACGGUCAACGUCAAUGCGAUGGCCCAUAACCUCACCACUCAGGUACGUGCACCGCCUCGCAAUGGUCUGCUCCGCUAA